AGUGGAGAAGAAGAAAUUAAUAAAUCAAAAGAGAGUGUGGAUGGCGGCAGCAAGCGACAUUAAUCGCACACUAAGAAGGAAGUUAGUGGGAGCGUUGAAACUGCAUUUAUAGCAGAUGCUCCAACUAAUAUACAGUACUCUAAUGGCUACGGCCCCUUCUUCACCUCUCACCUCACGCUAAGCCUUCCUCUUGCUCCCUCCUUCCAAUUCAUCUCUUUUGCUCUGCCUGUUAAUCAUGGCAAACGACGCCGCUCUUAGAACCUCUCUGCUUUGGCUUGCGGCGGUUAUACUCAUGGUUGGCUUAUUCACUCAUUCUCCGAAGAAGAUGGUCGCCACUUAUGUUCUCGGAGCCCUCGGGAUCGGCGCCCUUCUCUUGCCUGACUGGGAUUACUUCGAUCGUGAUUACUCUCGCUGGCCUUAUCCUGUUACUGCUGACGAGAGGGCUUCUCUUCUUUCUCAUGGAUCUGCUUUCACCAGGUUUGCCAGUUCUCCCCUCAGGUUGAUUGCUUACGGUGCCAUUUAUGGAUACGCUCUGCACAAAUGGUGGGAAUAUGUAUCCAAGUAAUCAGUUUUGUGUUCAAUUCGAAACAAAUUAUAUUAUUUUUUUCUGCAGCUGCGGGGAAAUGCUUUACGUUCACACACAGUAGAAAAUAUAGAAGAAUAAACGGGGAUUGAUUCCUUUCUUGUUCCCUUUAAAUUUUAUCUUAUCUUAUUAUUACCAAUGAUCAGUAAACUAGUACAUGAGUAAAUAGCGUUUCCUUCCUCCUUUUCCCCUUCAACCGAUUUCAAUGCCAGAGGGAGAGUGCAUAGACUCAA